UUAUUUUUCAUCAAGCCUUCGGCUUCACAUGUACAAAAUAGCAUUUCAUUUUGAAUUUAUGGUUUAAGUCGCGUAUUCAAAGGUUUAAAUUUCCCGCUAUAUCACGGACAUGCGCGUGACUACCGGAAGUAAUAACCGGAAGCAUGAAACACAUGUUUUCACUUUUUGUUUUGGCGUUGUGGUUGUCGCGUGUUUUUGAAAGUUUUAGUUAUUUUAAAAGUUAUUUUGCGUUUAACCGCAUUAUUAUGGCCCAAGAGGCUCUUCUCGAUAGGAUAGACCUUCAUGCUUCGGGUGAGGAGGGAGAUUUUUCUGGGUUUUCGGACCAAGAAAUUACCGGUAAGAAAGAGAAAAAGUCUUCGGACAAAAAACGGUUAAAAUCCGUCGUGGUGGAGAAAGAAAAUAAACCCCCUCGUGGUAAAGGCAAAAAACAGUCAGGUAAAACUUUGAAUACUAAUUCUUCGGAAAUAUCGGACAGAAAUUUAUCCUCGGAUAAAUUUGAUUUGAAAAACUUAUCUAAUAAGGAUAUUGAAGGUCUUAGGACUCUUCUUGGUAUACAGCCUGUUGUUCAACAGAAUCCUCAGUUUCUCCCUGAUUGUGAUAACUAUGACUAUAAUGAGGAUAAUUAUGAUUAUAUGGAUGAUGAAUCUGUGAAUGAUAACUAUUCUGCUGUUCCUGCAGCAUUAAAACCUAACCUUAGGGUGGAGGUUGCUGCCCAAGAUGUUGAUAUUGAAGAUACAGGGAUUCGUAAUCUGUCAAAAGAUUUUUCUUCGGCUUUUGACGAUGGUUGUACUGAUAAUAGACUUGAGUCGGAUAGUGAUACAUGGGAUCUUCCCAAAUUAAAGAUACCAGAGAAAGGUGAGCCAGUGAAUGAGUCCUUGGCCAAUUUAAUUAACACGGCAUUUACUGCCCAGUGUGACUUAGACUCUAUUUUGAAUAAGUACCAAGUACCUAAGAAUUGUGACAGGGCCAUUCCGCCCAUUGUUAACCAGGAAAUAUGGAAAACAUUAGACAAAAGAGCCCAUUUUCAAGAUAAGUUUAUGGUGGACAUACAAAAUCUUGUGGUUUCGGGCCUAGGUCCAGUUGUUAAGUUGCUUGAGUUUGUGAAAAAGAACAAUCUUAUGAAAAAUGAGGCAAAAUGUAUCUUCUCUGACCUGUUUACUGUUCUGGGUCAGGUGCAAUACAACCUCAGUUUGAGGAGGAGAUAUCUUAUAAGACCGUAUUUGAAGAAGAAGUAUUCUUCAUUGUGUAGUAUUUCGAUGCCUAUAACAACCAAACUUUUUGGUGAUGAUGUUUCAAAAGAAGUCAAAAGUUGUGAUGCUUUAUCGUACAUUGGUAAGGAUUAUACUUACAGCAAUUAUAGAGGUGUCCAGCGUAGACGCUCUGGUCGAGGAUUUGUUAACUCAAAUUUUAGUAAUUACGGCUACCAGUCAUCUACAUACAAUCAGCGUUCUGGUUUUAGGACUAGACCGUAUCCGUUACGUGGACAAUCUUUCAAGAUUGGUCUAGGCGGACGAGGAAGAGGUAUGAGAAGAGGUGCCUUGGCUUCUGCUACAGCCAGUGCCCCAAACGAUCAGGAAUAAAUGAAAGGGUUACCCAGACACAGAGAUCUUCUAGUGUUGCCGCACAAUGGAACAUUACACCCAUUAGGAAGAAAAUUAAAAAUGAUUGGAGUGGUGUUAUCAGGGAAAGCCUGCAGAGUAAGGGAAUUUCAUCAAUUGUUGCAGAUUUCAUCGCAGAAUCUUGGUCACAGGGCACAAGAAAACAGUAUAGCAGUGCCUGGAAAAGAUGGUAUAUGUGGAAUUCUAUUAGAUGUUCCAGUCCAAUUUGUUCGUCUGAAGGUGUAGUCGUGAGUUACCUGUAUUUUUUAUUUCAAUCUGGUAUGUCUUAUUCCGUUAUAAAUCUUCAUAAAGCGAUGUUAAUGCAAACAUUGUCCUUAUUGGGAAAUACAUGGUGCAGUGACAACAAAAUGAUUGUAAGAUUCAUGAGAAGUGUAUUUUUACAUAAACCGGCUAAACCGCGUUAUAUAAUGAUUUGGGAUGUUUCUGUUGUUUUGUGUUAUUUACAAAAGUUAAUGCCAUUAUCUAGGUUAUCUUUGAAAUUAUUAACUUUUAAAACCUUAGCCUUGAUUGCUCUUGCAACUGCACCAAGAGCUCAGACUUUGUGUUCUUUAACUUUAGACAAUAUGUUUAUUCAACAACAGGCAGUUGUUUUCACAUUCACGGAUAUUUUGAAGACAUCCAAGACAGGUCAAUAUUACUCUAUAAGGAUAGAGCAUUAUCUGGAAGAAAAUAUAUGUCCAAUGCAUACUCUACUUUAUUAUGUUAAAAAGACUGCUGAUAUUAGAAAAAGUAAAAAGGUGUUUGUUUCAUAUGUUACCUUUAAUGCUGUUUCUUCGAGCACUUUGGCAAGAUGGUUAAAAAAUGUGUUAAGUUUAGCAGGGAUUGAUAUAACUAAAUAUAAGGCACAUUCUUAUAGAGGAGCAUCAGCUUCGGCUGCCUAUAAUAAAGGAUGUUCAAUAAGGGAGAUUUUAAAAACUGCUGAUUGGAAAUCAUCUAAAAAUUUUCAUAAGUUUUAUUGUAGAAACUUAGAAUCUGGUAUUUCUUAUAAUGAUGCUGUUUUUGGAACAUAGAAUAUUUUUUGGGGUAU